ACUGGAAGCCACUAUGAGUUUUUGAAUAAUAUAAAGAAAGAAAAUUUGAAUAAUAUAAAGAAUAACUGCAUUUCUCAUACGUUGGAACCAAGGAGUGCUGAACCACUGAGCCAUCCCCCAUCCUUUUUUGUUUUUUGAGACAGGGUCUCACAUGUAAAUCACUGUAAUUACAGGUGUAUGCCACCAUGCCUGGCUUGUUUUACUUUUUUAAAGAAGGUUAGUCUGGUGCCAUUGUGGAGAUUGGAGAGGAGGAGAGAAUUUGAAGGCAGGAAAAUCAGUCAUUGGCAAUCAGGAGGGGAAAUAAUGAAGAUCUGCAUUAUUUCAGUGAAGAAGAUGCAGAAGCAGACUUUUUCAAAUGUUCUUUCAUAUAACCUUGCAAAAACUUUUCUUGUUUUGUUGAUGAAUAGCCCCCAGGCAGAAGAGAGAUGUCUUUUCCUAUUUCUUCUAGAAUUUUUUUUCUUUCUCACCUCAGGACCUUUUGUUUCCAAAAGUAUGUUCCAUGGACCAUCCUUAUUAGAUUCACCUGGAUUAUUUGUUAAAAUAUGCAGAUAUUCUAAUCCUAGCACCAGCAAUUCUGUUUCAGUAUGUCAGAGGUGGCCCAAGGAAUUCUUAUGGGCAACCAGGUAUUUUAGACUUUUAUUUUUAUUUUUGCAGUGCUAUAGGUGUUACUGAUCCUUAGCAUGUUUGCUGAUAAAAGCUUAAAAGGUGACCUCUCUCCAAGGUCAUCCCAUUUAAAAAAGAUUAUUCUUGGGGAAAACAAUUACCUAAAUCCUCUGGAUAUAAAAGACUAAAGGUGAAGUAACUGGUAGUGUAGCUGAUAUUUCUGGGCCAGGGUUUGCCUUGAAGCACCAGCCCUAGGCUCAGUACCAAUGAUGAUGCCAUCUUAUGGCUAUGCUUAUCUUAAUGAACCAGGCUGCAGCAAACCAAAGCAUCCUUCUAAAAGUCACCAACUGCCUGCCAACCCCUCACCAUGUCCUUGUGAGCCUUUUUGGGAUCCAGCACCAAAUGAAAAACUACAAGAACGUUUUUUUCAAGAGAUACAGAUGGGAGAACUUUGGCUAUCUAGAGGGGACUGUAGAAUGGGAGUUGAACAUCUUAGCAAUGCCCUUUUAUUGUGUGGGCAACCACGGGAACUUUUGAAGGUUUUCAGACAUACACUCCCUCCUCAGGUAUUUGAGAUGCUGUUGCAAAAAAUCCCCCUUAUUUGCCAGAUAUUGCUGUAUCACUAUAUGUUCCAGGUAAAAACUAAUCAGGAUAAUAGCACAUUUCUCAUCAGAAACUAUGGAGGCCAGAGGAAGAGGAACAAAAUUUUUCAAGUGCUGAAAGAAAAGAAUGGUCAAACCAGACAAAUGUAUUUAAUGAAAGUAUCCUACAGGGAUGAAGAAGAAACCAAGACAUUCUCAAAUGAAGGAAAACUAAUAAGAAUUUUUUGUCCACAAAUCUGCCUGAAACAAUGUUUAAAGAUUUUAAACAGAAAACAAUAAAAGUAAUGUUGGGACAUAAAGAAGAAAAAUACAGUAAUAAAAAAAAGUUCAGUAUAAUACAUUUUCCUUCUCUUCUUGAGUUUCCUAUCUUAUUUUCAUCAAUUAUAGCAAAAAUCACAAGACCAUUUAAGGUGGUUCUAAAUAUAUGUAUGCAAUAGCUGGGUGCAGUGUGCAUACCAGUAAAUCCUAGCGACUUGGGAGGCAGAAGGAUCACAAGUUCAAGGCCAGCCUUAGCAAUUUAUUGAGACCCUCAGCAACUUAGUCAGACCCUGUCUCAAAAUAGAAAAUAAAUAGAGCUGGGGCUGUAGCUCAGUGGUAAAGUACUCCUGGGUUAAAUACUCAGUACAGAUAUUCAUUCAGAAAACUGUAGGUAAAUCAAAAUGGAUCACAGGACUGCAGGAAAAGAAACAAAAACAAAAACAAAAAGUAACAGGUUUAAACCCCUAGUAGAUGGAAAAAAAAAACACAAAAACUCAAUCUAAAUAUACCAGUUAAAAGACAGACUGGGAGGGGAUUAAAAAAUAUCAUCCAGGUAUAAAUGGUCUACAGGAAAGUCUUCAUAUUUAAUGAUACACACAGGUUAAAGACAAAAGGAUGGGAAAAGUUAUACAAUCACAAGAAAGCAGGACUUUAGAUUAGACAAAGGGGAAUGAAGGAAAGAGAGAGGGAAUAGGAAUAGGAAAGACAGUAGAAUAAAUUGGACAUCACUUUCCUAUGUUCGUAUAUGACCAGAG